UCUCAUCCUCCUUCUUCCUCCCUUUCUUCUCUUAAUCUCUAUCUCUUCAUCACCUGAAGCUUUUCUUUAUCUUUCUCUAUAUAUUUGUUUGUAUGGGUUACGAUUUCGAGCAAUUGUGACUUCGUUUUGGUUUUCUUUGAAGAGUGUGGGUUCUUUAUGGCCACCGCACCGGUGAAGUCUCAGCCUCUCCACAACUUCUCUCUCCCUUUCUUGAAAUGGGGCGGCAAGAAUCACACUAACAGCAACCAUCGGUUUCGCCGUCCUGUCUCCGGUGAGUCCUCAUCGUCACAAGCUUUUGCCGCCGAUCACAACUCCGAACUAGAGGCAGAACCCGAAACCCGUGCUCCACGGGUCGGAUCGAGGGCCUCCAGGAACCGGUUUGGGCUCUCUUCAUGCUAUCUCGGGGAGAAAUCUCAGAAGCAAGAGCAGCAACCGCAGCCUUUGGAGGGAGCUAGCUACAAUGAAACUAACGAUGAGGUUGGAGGUAGAAAGAGGGAGAAUGAAGACGCUGAAGACGCCGAAGCUGACGGAACGGCGCAGAAGCCAUGGAAUUUGAGACCGAGGAAAUCGAUUUUCUCCAGAGGUACGGGUGAGAUCGGUGUGGGAGGUCCGAGGAAUGGAGAAUUGCCGGAAAACGGUUCAUUCGCUGCCACGGGUCAUUCGGCUCAGCAGAAUGAGAACCCUCCACAGCCGAAAUCGCUUCGCUUGAGGGGUUACGCUGAGAUGCAGAAUACGGAAAGAAAGGAGAAGAGGAAAUUCUGGAUCGCCUUGUCGAGGGAAGAGAUUGAAGAGGACAUAUUCAUUAUGACUGGGUCAAGACCCUCUCGGAGGCCAAAGAAAAGGCCAAAGAAUGUGCAGAAACAGCUCGAUAGCGUUUUUCCUGGAUUGUGGUUAGUGGGGUUCACUGCAGACGUUUGCAAGGCGGCAGAUACUGCAGCAAAGAAGUAGAGAAGCUACAGCGAAUUGCAGUUUGCCAACAACACAGUUUGGUGGCCGCGGUAACUGGGACCUGUAAUGGAGGUAUAAAUGCGCAGAAUUUUGUAGAGCGCAAAAGAUUUGCGAAAUGGGUAUGUUGAAAAGGGGGGAAAAUUGGGAUGAUAGUUAUUAUGUAUCGUCCAAUAGGCUAAGAUGUAGAUUGAAAAUUUAGUAGGUUUACUUAUCCUAGUAGUGUUCAACUGUUUAUCUAUUACUAUUAGGCAGUAAGAAAAACUUGUGAAUUCAUAGAACGAAUCCAAUAUUGAUUUUAAGAUCGUUUGAUUGAUGUUUUGCUGUUGGGAUCAUCUUUGAUUGAAUGAAUUCUGAGUCAUCAGCUGCUAGAUCAGUAGCAAGCAUACUGUUAGUUUGCGGGUCCCAAGAUCAAUGCUGGAUUUAUUAUUGAGGGCA